AUGUCUCAACGUCGUCCGAAUCUUCAACACUACUGCUGGUGGUGGUUCGCCUUGAUCGCUACAACCUUUCUGAUGAUGAUGAUCCACUCUCAUUCAUCAUUUUCCUCAUUCGGAGGAGGAAUAGUAAAGGCAGAAGAAGUCAUGAUUGAUCUAGAAGGAAAUCCUCAUAUCAAAUCCAACGAUCAGGGAAUGACAAGCCUCUCCACGGUCUAUGAUGCUCUCAAGACUCAUCUCCCCGAACAGACCUUUGCUCAAGUGCGUAGAAUUUUGUAUGGAAAUGAAUGGAAGAGCCUCUCGAUACCUGAACAAGUCCGAUCCUCUGCUGUCAAGAACAAGUUUGAAGUGAGAGCCUAUUCCAUGAUUCAUAAUGUAGCAAGAGAGCAAACACGUCCUCCACGUAUUGUGAGAUUGGGUUUGAUUCAAAAUUCGAUCGGAGCAAAUACGACGGAACCAGUAGAUGUUCAAUACAAGGCAAUUGAAGAGAAGAUUGAGAGAAUGAUUGAUGCUGCUGCUUUGAUGGGAGUGAAUGUGGUUGGAUUGCAAGAAGCAUGGACCAUGCCUUUUGCAUUUUGUACAAGAGAGAAACAGCCAUGGAUGGAAUUUGCUGAGGAAGCAGAAACUGGCAGAAGUACUCUAUUCUUGAGAAGACUUGCUAAAAAGUAUAACAUGGUCAUUGUUUCCCCAAUUUUGGAGAGAGACUCAGAGCACAAUGAUGUCAUCUGGAACACUGCCGUUGUUAUUGGCAAUAGAGGUAACUACAUUGGAAAGGUCAGAAAGAAUCACAUUCCACGUGUAGGAGACUUCAAUGAAGCUACCUACUACUUGGAGGGUAAUUUGGGUCAUCCUGUCUUUGAGACUCAAUUCGGAAGAAUUGGUAUCAAUAUUUGUUAUGGUCGUCACAUUCCACUCAACUGGCAAUCCUACGGAUUGAAUGGUGCUGAAAUUGUUUUCAAUCCAAGUGCAACUGUGGGUGCUUUAUCUGAACCAAUGUGGCCAAUCGAAGGAAGAAAUGCUGCCAUUGCGAACAGUUACUUUGUUGCCAGCAUUAACAGAGUUGGAACUGAAUAUUUCCCUAAUGAAUUCACGAGUGCUGAUGGAAAGCCAGCUCACAAAGAUUUUGGACACUUUUAUGGAAGCUCCUAUGUUUCUGCUCCUGACGCAUCUCGAUCACCAGAGUUGACUCGUUUGGGUGAUGGUUUAUUAGUUGCUGAAAUUGAUCUCAAUCUUAACAGACAAGUGAAAGACAAGUGGAUGUUCCAAUCGACCUCUCGAUAUGAAAUGUAUGCUAAGGAAUUGAAUGAAUUUAUCAAACCAACCUUUAAGAGACAAAUCGUGAGAGAUCCAUCCUUGAAUGGCGCUUUUGAAGAGGAAACUCCUGAGCAGUCACUCUAA